AUGAACUACAAAUACCAAUACUAUGUACACCUUCCGCGCAUCAUCGUCAAUUACCCCUGCCUAUACGACCGCGAGGACCCUCACUUCCGCAAUCGCCAACUGAAGGAUGAGCUGUGGAGCCACAUUGCGAAAGAGAUCAAUCACGUCGGCAGCGUAGAAUUGCUGGCGAGUCGGUGGAGGAACAUCCGGGUUCGGUACCAACGGUACAAGAAGAAUAUGGAGACAGGAAAGAGUCAGUCCAUGUCGCCCUUGUUCGAGCAUUGCACUUUCCUGGACCCAUUCAUCGUGGAAAGGACACCUUCUGCCAGCACACCGGUGACCCAAAUGGUGAGUAUGAGAGCCUCAUUCAGAACGGUCUAGCUCAGCUGCCUGUAGAGAUAUUGAAAAGUAGUCAAUUAGUAAAAUGGUUACUAUUUUCUAAUGAUCAUUCCGUUAGUUACCAACUUUUUCAUAUCUUCAUUGACAGCUGAGAUACAUUGUCUCGAUCAAACUGCAUUUUCAAUGGAGCCUAUCAUUGCAGAACUGCAAAAAGGAAACUUUCAAUGCGCGUCUCAUCAAGAAAGUGCGGGAGAAUCCGUGUCUCUAUGAAGUUAGAGGAUGGAACUAUGUGUCGGAUCGGAAGAUGGCAUGGGAGACUCUAAAAGUCGAGAUGAACUUCAAAGGAGAUGCUGAUCAACUAGUGACUAUUUGGAAGCGUCUUCGGGAUAAGUACGUGAAGACGAAAGCUGAGGUGAGUCACUUCAAGAUUUGAAGAUUUGGAACAUAACCAUUCGUUUCAGAUGCAAAAGUAUCCGAGUGUGCGCCAAAUUUGGGUCCAUUUCGAUCAGAUGGCGUGGCUGGACAAGAACAGUCGAUCGAACGCACCUUCUGCUGCCCAACGGAUCUACGACAUUGCAGGAAUUCCAGAUGGAUACGAAGCGGUGUACGACAUGCCGGAAGAUCAUGGAGAUGAGCAGGAAGAUCAUGGAGUUGUGCAGGAAGAAGUGCAGCAUGUGGAUGCAGAUGUUGCCGAUCAGAUGAUGGUGGAUAAUGCUGAACCGGUUGAAUGGAUUCAAGUUCCGCACGAUUGCGAAGUGAUCCCCGUUGUGCAGAAUGUGCAGCCAGAAGUCCAGUAUGAGCCGCAGAACGGACCAGUGUUGACGGAAGGGCGCAACGGUGUCAAAUACAUUGAAAUUAACAGUGCAAAGUCAAUGCCCAUGGCAGGUGAGCGACAAGAAGAACAGGCCGGGGGCAACGAGGAGAACGUCAAUGUACUCCAGAAGCAAGGAGAACAGUAAGUUCCCAACGCAUAGUGUCGCUUUAAAGUUAACCUAUCAUUUUUCAGAAUCUACUCGCCUCCCGCAUCGACCAAUUUUGUGCAAGAUGGAUACGGAACUGCCGGAGAAAGCGAGGAGAACGUCAAUGUGCUCCAGGAGCAAGGAGAACAGUAAGUUAACUCACUGUCCUUUUCAAUAGUUAACGUUUCAUUUUUUUUAGAUUCUACUCGCCUUCCGGACCGACCGAUUUCGCACAAAAUGACUUCGAAAAUGUGGAGGUGUACUGA